UUACAUUUCACCCCCCGCCCUCUCAACCAUGUUGGACUGAUCAGGAAGUGGGCAGCAGAGUGAGUCGGUGAAGCUCGAAUCGAAGCCCGAGCUCCAACCUUAGCGACUUCUGUAGCCCCCCUCCCCUGCAUAAAUUCAUCGACUUUGAACACUCGGCGUACAUGCUGGGCGGCCUCCCGCUCGCUCGAGGCAGCCACUUUCUCCACAUUCGACCGUUUCACCGCGCCAGACAUGGCUUCUCUGACUCAGAGAACCUCGGGCCUCGUCCAGCGGCGGACCGAGGCCACCCGUAGCGCCGCCGCCGACAAGGAGAGGGAGCCCGACGGCGAGGAGGACGACGCGCGUCGCGGCGAGGAGGACGAGGACGAAAAGGGGGACUCGAAAGAAACCCGGCUCACGCUCAUGGAAGAGGUACUGCUCCUGGGCCUCAAGGACCGAGAGGGUUACACGUCGUUCUGGAACGACUGCAUUUCAUCUGGCCUCCGAGGCUGCAUGUUGAUCGAACUAGCUCUCCGGGGGAGGCUACAGCUGGAGGCCUGCGGCAUGAGAAGGAAAAAUCUGCUUUCGAGAAAGGUGAUCUGCAAGUCCGACGCGCCAACUGGAGACGUGCUUCUAGAUGAGGCUUUGAAGCACAUUAAGGACACACAGCCUCCCGAGACAGUCCAGAGCUGGAUAGAGCUGUUGAGCGGAGAGACAUGGAGUCCCUUUAAGCUGCACUACCAGCUGAGGAACGUCCGAGAACGUCUGGCCAAAAACCUGGUCGAGAAAGGCGUCCUCACCACGGAGAAACAGAACUUCCUGCUUUUUGACAUGACCACGCAUCCGCUCACCAAUAGCACCAUCAAACAGCGGCUGGUGAAGAAGGUCCAGGACUCUGUUCUGGAGAAGUGGGUGAAUGACCCUCAUCGCAUGGACAAGCGCCUGUUGUCUUUGAUCCUGCUGGCCCACUCAUCGGACGUGCUGGAGAACGCUUUCGCGCCUCUCCAGGACGAGCAGUACGACUUGGGCAUGAAGAGGGUGCACACGCUCCUGGAUCUGGAGCCCGAGAAAGAGAGCGCCAAGCCCGGUGCCAAUGAACUCAUGUGGGCUGUGGUGGCUGCUUUCACCAAAUGAGUAGAGGAAACAUUUUUUUCCCUUUUUUUUUUUUUUUUUUUUUAAAUUUUUCAGAAGCGAGCGAUGCAGUUGGACCCUGAGUUGUUAUUGAAGGACCUCAAAUGAGACUUUGAAGAGACAAUCUAAUUCAGGUCAGGGGGGAGCUAUUAUGUGUGGUCCAUAUUGUUGUGAGUACCCCAGUGCAAUCCUUAUUGGUGGCAGGCUUCACCUGGUUCAGAUUUGGCUGGAAACUGAACGGACACAAAACUACAAGCCGCCAAGAUGACUAUGAAGGAAGCGUCUUCUUCUAGCUCCCAUGCAGAACAUAAAGUCGAUCACGAGGGGAACAACUAAGGAAAGCCAUUUCAGCGUUAAGUUGAUAUCUUUGAUAUUGAGGGCCAUGUGCUCGCACGCUUUUUGUCCUCACGUCAUAAAUUCAAAUAAAUGCUCAAAUGGCUUUCCAUAGUCCCACGUUGCCGUUCAUUU